GGCCGAGUGGACGCCUCGCAGUGCCUCUGGUUCCUUGAGCCCUACACGCCCCCGCAGCAGCAGCAGCAGCAGCAGCGGGGCGAGCCAGCAGCAAAGCAGCUAACAAUUGUGCUGGAGAAGCACAAGGGCUCUGGGGGGGCCCCUGCAGCAGCAGGAGGGGGGGCCCACUGGGGAGCUGUCUUUAAAGAAACUGCAGCAGCAGCAGCAGCAGCAGCAGCAUACGAGCACCGGCCAGACACAGCAAUUCCUAAGCGCCGCUCAGGCCCCUGGGGCUGUUCUGGCGGAAGUGCCGAUUCCCCCGGCCCUCUUGGGAUCCCUGCCAUCUCUCGAGCAUGA